UUAAACACAACACAAUUUUACGGCUCACUUUUUUCACUGUUUUUGCUUGGCUGAUGGAUGGCUCGUCUGGAGGAAGUGUCCUAAAUGGCCGUAAGAGCAACAUUUCGCAGCUGGUUUCCUUGCAGAUUCCUUUGGCCUUUGUCGUCACAAACGGAAACUUUACGUAACUUUCCGCCAAAGAUAGCGUCGAGGAACCAUCAUGAGCUGCAGAACGUAUGGUCAGGGGAUCAAGUCCAGCAACGCACCCCAAGUUUUUCUGCUGUCAAAUCACACGUGGCCCAAUUUGUGCCGGAAAAAAUCAUCUCCCGGCACAGUUCUCGCGAAAAUUACCCUUUGUUGGUCGAUCUGAUAGGCAAUAGCACCGGUUCCGACGUAGCAAGGGAACAGUGGCCGACAGCGCCGGUUCCGGUUGUGCGAGGGCGCAGGUAGACGGGUGCCUCAGGCCUGCCGUCUAAGGCAAAGGUGGAGGAUACGUUGCUGGAUGUUCGAGAAAAAAAAGCAAAAGAGCAGGAGUAAAAGGCGUCUCAUGGAGCGGACAAAAAUUUUAGGGCGGCUCCCCAAGAAGAAAGCGAGGGAAUUGGAGCUGGAGACCAAAACCUGGCAGAAGCGCUCGGAAACGUGAAACUUCGUG